AUGUACGCUCUGUUUUCGAAAUUAAUGUUGGGAUAUUUCACAUUAGUUGUAUUCACUGAACAAUUAGAAUUGUUGAUUUUAUUCACCGAUGCAGAUGUAAUGACAAAUGCUAUUUUCACCAAUUUAUCGGUUACAUUUUUAUAUACCAUCACUCUUGCAAAGCAACUGAUUAUGAUGUUAAAUAGCAGUUUUAGAGUUAUUAUUAAACAGAUUAUCGAAACUGAAAAUUGUAACUCGCCCAUUGAAGAUGACGAGGUGAUUAAAAUUGAACUUAAAAUCGUUCGAAGAAGUGAUAAAAUUGUAAAAUAUUAUGGAUCUUUGCUGGUUGUUCUGUCAAUGUUAUAUUUAGUGAAACCGAUGCUAAUGACCCCAAUUAUAGUUUCAAUCGGCAACACAACGACAGUAAUGAGAUAUUUACCGAUAUCUUCAUGGCUUCCAUUUGAUAAACAAGAACAUUACCCAUACGCUUACAUAUGGCAAGUUCUAAAUGUUCUACAGGGAGCUACAUAUGUCACAAGUACAGAUAUUUUAAUGUUCAAUUUAAUAGUAUUUCCGGCUGUUCAACUGAGAAAAUUGCAGCACUUGCUGAAGAAUUUUGCUCAUUAUAAGGAAAAAGUUAAGACUUUAUAUAAUAUUGCAGAUGAUGAACAAGUGGCAAAAAUCACCCUGGUUUACUUCAUAAGCAGACAUAAGGAAAUCAUCCGAUAUGUGCGGCUCUUUAAUGAGUCAAUGGAAGUUGUGAUAGUGUUUGAUUUUUUACAAAGCUCCGUGCAAAUUGCCUCUAUUCUGACCGAAGUUUCAAUGUCAGAAUUUUCCGUAAUGGUGGUAGUAACUCUGGCUUCGUUCUUUGCUAGUAUGAUUUUCAGAUUGAUUCUAUAUUAUUACCAUGCCAAUAACAUAAUUAUUUUGAGUGCAGAAUUAUCUUACUCAAUGUAUGAAAGUAACUGGCUUGACCAAGCGCCUAAAGUGAAACAGAUGAUAUUAAUUUUCAUGCUCAGAACACAAGAAUCGCUAACACUGCGUAUUGGAGGACUUGGAGUGAUGUCCAUUCAGUCUAUGAUUGCGAUUUUGAAGGCGACAUAUUCUUACAUGAUGCUGAUGAUCUAAGAAAGCAACAAACAAUAAGCUCUAUUAUUAAGUGAAACUUUGCACAAUGUGAACACCCUGCACUGGAAUUACUACACAUCAAAUGGACACAUACGGUUUAUUAAAAACUUUGAAAUUUUCUUUUCUGCAAACUAGUGAAAAUUGACUUCUAAAAGAGGGUUGUAGAGUGCGAAUAUUACCUAAUGGCUCGCGUUAAAAACAUUAAUGAAUGAAAAACGUUUAUGUAUAGGUAUAAUUAUUGUACCAGUGGAAUUACAAUUGAGAAAAAAGUAUAAGAAAAUAGAUUGUUUAGUUGGUUAGUUCUAAUCA